AUGGCAACAGAAGCAAAAGAUCUCAGAAAACUGAACCUCGAUGCACCAUUAUUAUCAACAAGACGACCCAAUUCACUAACCAGUCAUGUGAACUCACGACGUGCAUCUUGGGACUCACGUAAUCGGGUUCCGUUUUCAUGGGAACUAAGUGCAGGUAAGCCCAAGGACGCCGGAGCUGAUCAAGUCCCCGAUGAUUUUCCAAUCCCACCACCACCGGGGAGAAAACUUGUGGAGAACGAUCAAUAUGAUGGUGAUGACGACUUCUCAGAUGCCAUCGAUACAUUUUCAUUGUCAGCAGCCAUAGACAUGGUGGAGUCAGCAGAGAUGGCGAAACGGAGUACUGGUAACAUGUUAGCAGGCAUGAGUUUGGAGCCAUGUGGGAAUGAGUCGCCUAGUUUCAUCAUUCAGAGGUUUCUUUCUGAUGCUAAAGCUCUUGCUAUUUCAUCUGGUCUACCAAUUGCGAAGAACAUUAGUAAUCAACAGGAGAAGUCAUGUAAGCCUCAAAUUAUCCACACUUCGCCUAAAGGGUGUGGGUUAGGACUCGAUGCUUUGUUCCCUUGGCGUACAAAGCACAGGCCUAGACCUAGGCCACCUUGUGGUGUUAAAAGUCCGGUUAGAGUGACAGCUGCUAGCGUUAAAUCUCAAUGGGGUUUCAAGCCUAAGCCAAAGUAG